AUGUCUAAGCUCGCCCUGGGCACUCGGGCUGCGUCCACCUGCCUCCGCGCCCUCGAGUUUGCAAUAUCCGCCUUGGUUCUGGGCACCUUCUCAUGGUACCUCGCAUACCUAGCAGACCACCACCGCCAUAUUCCAACAUGGGAGAAGGCGGUCGAGGGUAUGUCUGGUGGAGCUGUCAUCUACACCGGUUUCGCCGUCAUUCUUACCUGCUUCCUCGGCGGCAUCACCUUCUUCGCUUUCCUCGGUCUUCUCCUUGACCUGCUUUUCUGCGGAUGCUUUGUCGCUAUCGCCGUCCUUGCAAGAGGCGGCGCCAAAAGUUGCGGCACUGUCAAUAAUUCGCCCAUUGGAACUGGAGCGCAUGUCUCCUGCCAAUUGCAGAGAGCCGUGUUCGCCGUCGCCAUUGCUAAUGCCUGUCUAUUCCUACUAUCCGCAGCCCUCGAAAUUGUCCUCAGCCGCGCCCGCAAGAGGGAGAAGCGCUACGGCCCCAGCCCAGCGAACGACUACACCUCCGGCUACGGCAAACGACGAUUCUGGCAAAAGAAGAAUAACAAGAACAAGACCUCGAAGCAUGAGGAUGAGGAGCUCGGUGCCGUCGGUGCCGUCGGUGCUGGAGGUUUGGUCGCAGAAGAGAGGCAUCGUACUCGCAAUAACCACAACAGCGAGCGCAUAUCAGACGACACCGCUAUGACCGGUACGACCGCCCCAGUUGCGGACGGCUACGGUGGACCAAACAACAAGUACAUCCAGGAGCCUACUGUACCCACCCAAACCCACCUGGGACAGACUGAUGGAUAUGCGAACCAACAGACUCUUGGUGUUGAUUCUGGAGCCGCUAUGCCUGAAAUGGAGAGUAACGUGGGUGGCGGCGGGCACUACGUGCAGCACGUCAGCGAACCCUACGCUGAAGUACACCACGGCGGCUAUGUCCAUCAGGCGCACGGCAUACCCUAA